CAUUUCUUUUUUAUUUCUAGUAUAGCUUUGGAUUGAAUAUUAUACAAAAAAAAACGUUGACUGUAAGUUCUAAAAAACAAAAAUAAUGCGACAUGUUCGCUGACAAAGUGUUUGAAUUAAUUAAAGAUUUAAAACGUUCAGCUGAUGGACAGCUUCCUGCGUUUAACGAAGAUUUGACUCGUCAAGUUCUUGAUGAAAUGAGAGUUUUGUUUCAAGAAAACCAAAAAGAAGUAGCUGCUUCUUCAGAUGGAGAGGAAGGUCUCUUUUCUGGUGUUCAACUCCGCCAUGCAAGUUUGGAGCGAAAUAAAAGAUGCUUACUUGCCUAUAUUUACAAUCGAAUGAUGACAUUGAAAGAUUACCGUUGGGAAAUUGGAAGCGUCAUACCUGAACAAGUAAAACUGAACUUAUGUGAGGAAGAAAUCACGUGGUUUUCAAAUUACAACAAAUCACUUGCAGGAUAUAUGAUGUCGGUGGCUGAUGUCGGGAUUGAUUUAACUCAGAACAUGACUCCACCCAAAACGCUAUUAAUUGAGAUUCGAUGUUUGAUGGAUUAUGGUGAGUUUGAAACUGAAGAUGGAACGGUCGUUCUUUUAAAGAAAAACAGCCAGCAUCUUUUACCAACAACACAAUGCGAACAUUUAAUUCGACAAGGUAUUUUAGAGCAUGUACUCACGUGAUCAUUCAAACGUGGAGAAUUAUCAAAAAACAUCCGACGCGAAUUUCCUCUGAAAUUCUGUUGCAAGACGCUAACAUAUAUAUAAAAAAAACGAAACAAUUUUUAUCCUUGUAAAUAAAAGUUACAAAUACGC